AUGGACGUGACAACGAAUAGGCGAUCAAGACGCUGGAGAGAGCGUUCGCCUCUCGAGGAGGAAAAAACUGAAUGGGAAAUUUUGGCAGAAUCCGCUGAGAUGGACCUGGCCGAAUUUUAUUACCCGUUUGAAAGUAACGUCGACUUCGUCGAUACGCCAACGGACGAAACCGUGGAAAGUUCCGUCACUUCUGAGUCUGAAGGGAAAGAGGGCCAUUCAGUUCCCCCAACACCUCCACCGACGCCGAUGAACGAGCCCGAGCGACCUGAUGGAUGUUCGGAUACACAAGGGCCAGAGCGAGACCGACGGCCUGUAGCCGUCUCACGGAGGGCCUGGCACAAGCUUAGAAGAGUAAUGGAACUUGAGGAAAAGGCAGCCGAAGAGGCAGAGGAAUCCCAGCUCCGCGACGAAGUGACUGGCCGCCGUGAUCAGAGCCGCGAAGCUGAGGAAGCAGGACUUUGUGGCCAACUUUUUGAAGACGAUGAUCAAGUUUCGCCUCCUGCAGAAGGCGCUACAACCACCCUUCAGAGCAGUAUCAGCCCGAGCGAACAAGGGCCACCAGAUGCAAAUCCGUCGGAGGACACUCAGCAGGAACAGGAUGCCAACGACCAGCUAGAAAACGAGCAGGAUGAGGAGUCUCCUGCGUCUCCUUCCACUGAUGAGGGUGCUGGAAGUUGCCAAAACGAACAAUGCCAGGAACCACAGAAAGAAACGUCCCAUGAAGUUGCUACAACCCGUAAGAGUGCUGUGAGGUGGCCAGGUGGCGAGUUGCCCAAAGCAAAGAAGGAUUCUCCUGAAGCCCCGACAGCGCGCAAGAGUGUCGUCAGCUGGCACCCCGUGGCAGAAGUGGUGACUGUCGAGGCCGGAAGUCCGUCCACCCAACAGCCAGUUACAAGGAGCACUACAGAUCUCGUGGAGAAGUCUACUCUAAGGGCAUGUAGACGCCUGACGACUCCAGCGAACUUGCAACUAGGCAGUAGCCCCAGCAGCCCCACAACCCCCGAUAAUGGAUGCUGA